AUGUCGAAGUCCAAGGAUAGCAGCUCCUCUGGGGGCUUCCACCAGGAGUACAUUGCGUCCCUGCGCUACCGAAACGAUCUCCCGCCCCCCGACAUGCCCCCGAAGUUUCUUGAUAUUCCACAUGAAGGCCUCGAACGUUUUCUCACCCCCGGAUUUGCCUCCAACCUGGCUCGGCGAGAAGAGCCCAAUAUCGAUGUUGACGCGGAGGGUGGUAUGCCAAUUGACCUCGUCGGUAUUCCUGGUCUCCACUUGGGCGAUGAAAGUGCUAUUAUGGCGCCUGAGCAUCCCGAACCAGUUGACCCGGCGGAUCUCCCCCUCCUGAUGACCUUGGAGCAGCUGAAGAACCCAGCCCCGAAAAACGCCAACGUCAGUUUCCUUCGUCGUACGCAAUACAUCUCUGCUGGACUCCGAGCGCCGGAAGGCCCCAAAGUCACCCCCCUCAAGACCAAGUCCCGCGCUGCCGACAAAGCAAAAUCGCAAGAUGACCCCCUCUACAUCAAGAAGUACCUUCAGAAAGGAUUCGACAUUGCGUACCCCGAGUCAAAACAUGUCGGCGAGGACACGCCCAGCAAGAUCAAAGGGCAUCCUGCCACGAAGAUGGAGCAUGAUGCAUGGGCACACCCGGUGCAUCCCGACAACCCGAAGCUCAAGCCUGUUGGCUUCUAUCCUCUUCUCCCCGACCUUCAAGGCUUCCCCGACCCCGGAGGUUUUGUGCAGUUCAAGUUCGACAAAGCGCCCGUUCAAGACGUGUCGGGGAAGCGCGAUCGACGCAUGGAUGCUGCGGUCUUGCUGCCAUCUGCACCAGAGGAGCGCGUGUGUCAGGAACACGCCACCAAGGUUGCCCUGCACAAGACGAACCCCAACCUGUACCCUGACCCCGGCCCGGUUCCCUGGGAUUACGAUCUAUUCCUCCCGGAGAAGAAGGAAUCUGCGAAGAAUGUGCUUGCGAGCUUGCAGCUGUCCAAUCCUGAUCGUGACGAUGAGGAGCUGUACACCCACGAGGGAGCCGAUAACGCCAGGUUCCAUCGCUACGAUCGUGUGCGCACGUAUGCUACGAGCGCCCAGACCCUUGGCGGAGAACAUAAGCAGAAGGAUUUUGCAUUGACGAUUUUUGAUCCGUCGGAGCUCGGCGAAGAACAGAAGGCCAAGCUGCCCUCCAAACAGAAGGCGGCGUACUACUAUCCGAUCCUCGGCAAGACGCGUCUGAAGCCUGAACGGGCACGGGCCGUGGCGCAGGCCGGUUUGGCACCUACACGCCCGAAGAACAAAGAAGACCAGGUGCAUCAGAUUCAGCUGGUUGUCCGGGACCCCGACGAGGCCGAAGUGUAUAAGCGGUCGCUGCAUCGGGCGGCCAUUGACCCGAAGUUCGCGGAGACUAUGCCGCCACCGCCCGAAGAGCCGGAAGCCGAACACGAGCCCGAGACACAGGAAGGGGAGGCUCAUGAUGAGGAAGCGAACGACUCGAGAGGUCGUGAGGGGAGUAUCGAAGACCGGGGCAUGGCUCACAAUGAGGACGAUGCAGACCAGAUGAGUGACGACGAGUGA